AUGAAAUCCGAUUCAGGAGCUUAUCUGUACCAAUAUAUAUCUCUCCAUGUCGCUACGUUAAAGUUCUUUGAUAUUUGGCUCUACAAACCACAAUCGCGUCGAUCUCUCAAAUUUUGGUUUUAUUUGGUAAUGCGAAUAAUUGUUGGUAUACUCGUUUACAUUAUACCUACAACUGCACAAGUUAUAUAUUUGGUAGAAAUUUGUGUUGCUAAAAAUGCCGGAAUUCAGGACAUCGCUGCAAUAGUAAACCUAGUUUCAACGGAAAUACUGGCGUCGCUGAAACUGCUUGAUUUGCACUUGCGUCGGAAUUUAGUCACGCAGCUAAUGGAUCAGUUCAAUGAAUUCCACUAUUACGACGAAAAUCACAAAAACAUUCUCGAUAAAGGUAUAAAACUCUCGAGAAAAUUAUUUGUUGUCUUGCUAUUCGGUGCCGCCUUUGAUGUUUUUGUUCAUGUAGUCGUAGUGCCAGCAUUAGAAGGAUUUCAAUCAUUACCAUUGAAGAUGGACCUGCUUCUGUUUGAUGUGAAUGAUGACAAAUACUUCAAUUAUAUUUGCGCUUAUCAGAUUCUGUACAAACCAAUGAUGGUGAGCACUUAUAUAUGCCUUCAAACUUUACCGUGGGCUUUUAUGAUAUGUGCAAUUAAUCAAUUGGAUGUUAUAAUUACGAAAUUUGAACAUAUGGAAGAGAUUGUAAAAGUAACAAAAGAAUUGAGAGGCUUUAACGAUGAUGAAGCUUACAAAAGUGUACUCAAUAGUUUUAUACUAUAUUAUUUCGCAAUUUUGAGGUACAUAAAGUUAAUACAAGCGGCACUUGGCGUUCAAUUAACAUCUACGCUAUUUCUAAGUGCUAUUAUUAUUUGUAACACGGCUGUUCAAAUAUUUUCAAUUGAAUCUCCGCAUAAAAAUAUAACUGAAGUAAUAUGGGUAUUAACCUAUUUGUCUAUUUUUAUAUUUAAUCUCUUUUUAGAUUGCUAUUUCGGGAACGAAAUUACGAUAAAGUGUCUCCAUGUUUCAAGGGUGAUAUUUAGUAGCCCUUGGUUAAAGAUAUCGACAGCUUUGAAGAAAAAUGUAUUAAUAUUUAUAUGUAUCGCACAACAACCCGUCACAUUGAUGGCGGCGAAACUUGCACCAGUUUCAAUAGCGACUUUCACCACGAUUAUGAACUGGACAUACAAAGCGUUUGCUGUAAUGAAUCAAAUGAAAUAA